AUGAAUGGACAGCCAAUUGGUAUGUAUGAGCGUGAUAUUCUGAUUAAUUCCCAUUAAAAAAUGUGAUUCACUAACAAUAUGAAAAAUAGUUCUUGACCAAGGUACAGGUUUCGUUAAGAUCGGUAGGGCAGGAACUAACUUCCCAGACCACACGUUUCCAUCUAUAGUUGGUAGGCCUAUAUUGAGAGCCGAAGAAAGAAAUAUGUUGGUUCCUGACAAUAUAG